AUGUGGCUCAGAUGCCGAACGUCGCCGAUUUUGUGCACGUCUGACUCGAACAUCGCGGUUGAUAACUUGGUCGACGGCUUAGCGAGAGCUGGCGUGCGUGUCGCUAGAAUUGGCCGCCCCGAAGCGGUUCGUCAAGAUCUCAUGCCUUACAUGAUCGAAAGUAUUGCUGGCAUCGAUCAAGACUGUCGAUGGUCCAAGCAGCAGCAGCGCUCCGCCAUCACCAACGCGUUGCGUCAGGCGGAGGUGAUUUGUGCUACUUGCGCCGGUGCUGGGAGCGAUAUCUUGGAAAAAUACUCAUUCCAAGCCUGUUUGAUCGAUGAAGCCACGCAAGCUACAGAGCCAGCGACUGUGAUUCCGCUUACGAAAGGAUGCAAGCAGGUGGUGUUGAUUGGUGAUCAGAACCAGCUACCGCCGACGAUCAUCAGUCGUGAAGCGGAGGCGGCUGGUCUAGGCGAAAGUUUAUUCGAGCGUUUCAUUCGUGCGGGCAUUCGUACGUACAUGCUGAAGGUACAGUACCGUAUGCACCCCGCUAUCGCGUUGUUCCCGUCGAAGACUUUUUACAAAGGCGAGCUUCUGUCUGGUACGCCGCCGAGUCAGCGGCGAGCGCCCGUCGGUUUCGACUGGCCGGUUCCCGCCGUACCUAUGGCUUUUGUCAACGUUGAAGAGGGAGCCGAACGCUCGGAUGGGUCUUCGCAAACCAACCCUGCCGAAAUCCAGCGCGUCGUGAACAUUGUCAAGAAGCUCGCUGGCCAACACGAAGUGUUGCCGGGUGACAUUGGCGUCGUGACUCCUUACAGCGCGCAGGCGCGAGCCAUCAAGAAGAUUCUUCGCGGUAACGCACCGGAGCGCACACGCUUCGAUGCACCCGCCGAUCCAACAUCAAUGAAAGCGGUUGAAGUUGCCACUGUCGAUGGCUUCCAGGGUCGUGAAAAGGAAGUCAUUGUGUUCUCGUGUACUCGAGCGAACAUGAACGGUAACGUCGGUUUCUUGGCGGAUACUCGUCGCGUCAACGUCAUGCUCACGCGAGCGAAGCGGGGUCUGAUCAUCGUCGGGCACAUGAAAACCUUACAACAAGACGAAAUCGUCUGGAAGGGAUGGUUGAAGUGGGCGCGAGAGAGCGGUCUCAUCUGCGGCUUGUCCGCCACCGAUUCCGACGCCGCAAACAGACUUGCGUCCAUCGGCAUGAGCGCGGCGAACGAGAUUGGUGGCACUGGCAUCGGGCAAACGUACAUCCAGAACGCUUUGGGCAAGCCCGUGUCUUGGGCGACAGGGCAGCUGAAGGAGUCCACCUCACAACCGAAGCUUGCAGAGCGCGACGUAAUUCCGGAUGCUUGGGACGAUAGCGACGACGAAGAAAACAUCAGCACCCAAGGCGUAAAUACGAUAACUAGCGUUUCAUCGAUGACGGGGAUGGCCGAUGAAGCCUGGGAUUCCGACUAG